UGGAGAGCCAAGGAGCGAAAAAAAUCCCGUUGGCACCGCACAGUGCAGCGCGCGCACACACGGUCGAGUUGAGAGAGAGCCGGGCGCGCGGUAUGAGUGAAUCCGCGCGGAUGUGCGCGUGUUAACGGCAUGACGGCGGAUCGUGCGAGCUGCUGUUGAAGGAGAAGAGCCGGUAAGGAGAGAGAGAGAGAGAGGAAGAGAGGGAAAGAGAGAGAGAGAGACCGCGAGAGAGCGGCGGGGGAAUCAUGCGGUGUCCUGCGCUCCGGCUGCUGGGUCUCGUGUGCCAUCUCUCCGCGCUUUUACGCACCGCGCACACUCACAAACUACACCCGAAACAAGAGAGCUUCAUCCGACAGCUGUCAUCAUAUGAGAUCAUUACUCCAGUGCGAUUGAAUGAGUUCGGAGAGUCCAUCCCGCACCGGCUGCAUUACCGCAGAAGAAAGCGCAGCGCUGACACAGAGGUCUCGGAUUUGAGGGCUCAUUACCGGAUCGAAGCGUUCGGUCAGAGGUUUCAUCUGAACCUGACUGCUGAUUCUGGAUUUAUCGCUCCGACCUACACGGUGGUUCAUCUGGGAGAGGAAGAGCAUCACGCCGCAGACCUUCGGCACUGUUUCUAUAAAGGACACGUAAACGCUCUGCAGGAACAUCAGGCCGUCUUCAGCCUCUGCACUGGACUCGUCGGUACGUUUACGACACAGAGCGGUCAGUUUUUUCUGGAGCCCCUGCUGAGCGCUGAUGGAGAAUACGAAGAGGAACAUAACAAACCUCAUCUCGUCUACAAGCACGACGCGCACAGAAAAUCACCUGACACGCAGCCGUGCACGACCUCAGAGCAUCAUACCAGCAGACACAUCAGUCUCCAUAGCAACAGAACUCUGAAAGAGGAAGUGACAUCAAUACAGGAAACGAUGCACAAACGCACGAUUCACACCAAAGAUGAUCCCAGCGACCCCCAUUCCCGUAAGAAGAGGUUCCUGUCGUACCCGCGCUUCGUAGAGCUGAUGGUGACGGCCGACACCAAGAUGGUGCGACAUCACGGACGAAACCUGGAACACUACAUACUUACAAUCAUGUCAGUAGUUGCUGCGAUCUACAGAGACCCCAGUGUAGGAAAUCUCAUAAACAUCAUGAUUGUCAAACUCAUUGUUGUACAUAAUGAACAGGAAGGGCCGAACAUAAAUUUCUAUGCAACCUCGACGCUGCAUAACUUCUGCGUCUGGCAACAAAGUCACAAUGUUUUGGACGACAGUCACCCGAAUCAUCAUGACACGGCCCUUCUCAUAACCAGGGAGGAUAUCUGCCGAGCAAAAGACAAGUGUGACACGCUAGGUUUGGCGGAGUUGGGGACGAUGUGCGAUCCGUACCGCAGUUGCUCCAUCAGCGAGGAGAACGGACUGAGCGCUUCCUUCACUAUCGCCCAUGAGCUCGGACACGUGUUUAACAUGCCUCACGAUGACAGCCCGAAGUGCCGAGAGGCCGGCGUCAAGUACCAGUAUCACGUCAUGGCUCCGACCCUGAACUACGACACCAGUCCCUGGUCCUGGUCCAAAUGUAGCCGAAAACACAUCACGGAUUUUCUCGACACCGGUUAUGGUGAGUGUCUACUGGACGAGCCUCCGGGCAGAACCUAUAAUCUUCCUGCCCAGCUCCCGGGUCAACUAUACAACGCCAACCGACAGUGUGAACUCAUGUUUGGUCCCGGCUCUCAAGUCUGCCCGUUUAUGAAACAGUGUAAACGUCUGUGGUGCACCAGCGCUGACGGCGAACACAAAGGUUGUCGCACUCAACACAUGCCUCUCGCUGACGGGACUGACUGCGGUUAUGGGAUGCAUUGCAGGCAUGGGAUGUGUGUGAAUAAGGAAAUAGAUCUGAAGCCAGUACACGGUGAAUGGGGUCCCUGGGGGCCUUACAGUGUUUGUUCGAGAACCUGCGGUGGAGGAACACGCAGCACAACACGAGACUGCAAUAAACCUGAGCCGAGAAACGGAGGGCGUUUUUGUGUGGGUCGCAGGAUGAAGUUUCGCUCGUGUAAUACAGAUCCGUGUCCCCGUGGCCAGAGAGACUUCAGAGAGGAACAGUGUGCGCAGUUUGAUGGGAAACACUUCAAUAUCAAUGGACUGCCACCAUCUGUCCGCUGGGUACCCAAGUACAGUGGCAUUUUGAUGAAGGAUCGAUGUAAACUCUUCUGUCGUGUUGCCGGGACCAUGGCUUACUAUCAGCUGAGGGAUCGGGUCGUAGACGGAACGCCGUGUGGUCCAGAUACAUACGACAUCUGUGUCCAAGGCCUCUGCCGGCAAGCAGGUUGUGACCACAUUUUGAACUCUAAGGCCAGAAAUGAUAAAUGUGGAGUUUGUGGUGGAGAUAAUUCCUCAUGUAAGACGCUCGCAGGAACCUUCAACAACGCACAAUAUGGUUAUAAUGUCGUGGUUCGGAUUCCUGCUGGUGCGACUAACAUUGAGAUUAAACAGGUCAGCUACUCAGGGUCACCAGAUGACGAUAACUACCUCGCUCUGUCUGAUGGACACUCCAACUCCCUUCUCAACGGGAACUUCGUGGUGUCCAUGUUUAAAAGGGAAAUUACAUUUAAGGGAGUCGAGAUCGAGUACAGCGGAUCAAACACUACAGUGGAACGCAUCAACUGCACGGAGCGCAUCGAGGACGAGCUCGUGUUACAGGUUCUGUGUGUGGGAAACCUCUACAAUCCAGACGUGCGAUAUUCCUUCAGCAUUCCCAUUGAACCUGAUAGAGAAGCAUUUGUGUGGGAUGUGUCCGGACCCUGGCAGGAGUGCAGUCGCAUGUGUCAAGGAGAGCGUCGACGGAAGGCAGUGUGUGUUCGCAAGAGCGACCAUUUGAUGGUUUCCGAGCAGAGGUGCGAAUAUCUGCCUCGGCCUCGGGGCACAACUGAGUCCUGCGAAACAGAAUGUGAACUCAGGUGGCAUAUAGCGGGCAGGAGCGAUUGCUCCAGUAAAUGUGGACCCGGGUACCGUACGCUGGAUGUGCUGUGCAUGCGCUACAGUCAGAACAAGAGGCAAAGCGAACGCAUGGAGGCCAGAGCCUGCGCAGACCUGCCCAAACCACAGACACGAGAGGUUUGCCAUGGAGACUGUCUCCUGAAAAGCUGGCAGUACAGCGCCUGGUCUCAGUGCUCUACGACCUGCGGUCACGGCGUCAGGACACGGCAGGCCUUCUGCAUGAACAAUCUGGGCCGCAGACUGGUUGACCGAGAGUGCAGCGAACAGCAGAGGAUUUUGACCGAACCUUGUAAUGAUGUGUCCUGUCCUGAUUGGUCCACCGGCGAGUGGAGUGAGUGUUUGGUGACAUGUGGUAAAGGUGUUAGACACAGGCAGGUGCUUUGCAUUCUGGGAGAUGAGAAACUCAAUGAGCAGCGCUGUGAUCCAAACACUAAACCUUCAUCUGUUGGCAGCUGUGAACUUCCAGAGUGUGCGUCCUGGCAAGUCGGAGUCUGGAGUCCGUGUACUGUGAGCUGUGGGCAGGGAUAUCAGAUGAGAGCGGUGAGGUGUGUAUCAGGAGAUUACCCACAGACGGUGGAUGACAGGGAGUGUAAUGCAGCCGCCAGACCUCGAGACAGCCAGGACUGUGAGAUGUCAGCUUGUCCACGCACAGCAUCGGUGUUUAACACACCAGGACCGACAGACCACCAGUCAGCUCAGACAAACACACAGUGGAGAUUCGGCUCAUGGACAACAUGCUCUGUAUCAUGUGGCGAGGGAAGAAGAGGACGUUACGUCAGCUGUAGAGAUGCUCAGGGGGGUGUGGCCGAUGAGUCUUACUGUGCCAAUCUGCCUCGACCCCCAGACUCAUCCACGUGUUUCAGCCCCUGCGGCCAAUGGAGAGAGAGCGAGUGGUCCACAUGUUCGGUAUCGUGUGGCGCGGGUCGGUCAACACGCCGGGUGGUGUGCAUGAACUAUCACCAUCAGCUGGACGACUCCUUCUGUCACCCAGAUGAGAAACCCAGCACUGAACAGGAGUGUACUGCCACCCCUUGUCAAUCUUCCUACCAGUGGCCCAACAAUCAGCCCCAUUUACCCUAUGACCCGGGCAGCCACCCCGGACAUCACAGCUGGAACGUCCCAUCGGCCGACAACCAAUGGAGGACGGGACCAUGGGGAGGGUGUUCCAGUACAUGUGAUGGGGGCUUUCAGAGGAGAGUGGUGGUCUGUCAGGACGCAGAUGGACGCAGCACCAAUUAUUGCGAUGAGAGAGUCAAACCCAGCGAAUCAAAGAGUUGCAACUCUGGACCCUGUCCACACUGGAACUACGGCGUUUGGGGAGAGUGCUCGCGGUCUUGCGGUGGCGGUCAGCGGACGCGUCUGGUGGUGUGUCAGCGUCCGAACGGGCAGCGGUUAAACCCACAUAACUGUGACGUGCUUGAGAAACCGCCCGAUGAGGAGCCGUGUAACACCCGACCCUGCCCCGGCUCCGCUUCCUGGCACAGACAAGCGUGGAAGCCGUGCUCGGUGUCCUGUGGGAAAGGAUUCAAAGAAAGACAGAUCGUAUGUGUUGACCAGAACCGAACCCAGAUUGAAGAUGAGCGCUGUGUCCAUCUGGACCGACCCAGAACACAGAAGGUCUGUAGAGCAGGACCAUGUCCCAGCUGGAGGACCAAUCAGUGGACAGCGUGUUCUGCCAGUUGUGGUGUUGGCGUUCAGACCCGUGAGGUGUUCUGCAGAGUAAAGGUCAGAGGUCGAGUCAGCGAUGAUCUGUGUGACACGCGUGUUCGUCCUGAUCAGAUCCAGUCCUGCUUGCACACGGAGUGUCAGACGUACAGAUGGACGACACACGAGUGGCAGCGAUGUAACACGACCUGUGGUCAGGGUUUGAGAUCCAGAGCCGUCUUCUGUUCGGAUAAAGAUACGAACGUCGUUUCUGACAGCAUGUGUAAUGCUUUGAACAAACCUGAGGUGCAUCAGAUCUGUCACAGCGCCCCCUGUCAGCAUAUCUGGAGCACUACAGACUGGACUCAGUGUUCAGUCACCUGUGGUUUAGGACUUCAGCGUCGGAUGGUCCACUGCUCUGCUGUGCCCUUUGACCCCAGUCUGGGACCGUUUAAUGCACAGUUAUAUUCUCAGGCUGAAUGCCCUGAACACCCGCCGCCCGACACCAGACCGUGCCAACUCUCUGAGUGCCCGUUACCCGUGUACUGGAAAGUGGGACCAUGGGGCGAGUGUUCUCAGACAUGUGGAGCUGGAGUGAUGGAGAGAAAGGUGGAGUGUGUAAACACUGAUGAUGUCACAUCUAAUGUGUGUUCACCGUCCACACGACCCGAGUCUCACGCCACCUGCCGACAGACAGACUGUGAACUAUACACGACCUGUAGAGAGGUUCAGAUGAAAGGCGGCAUUAGAGAAGAUGGAGAGCAUUAUCUCAAAAUCCAAUCUAAGAUCCUGCAGAUCUACUGCGCUGAAAUGCAGACCGCCAACCCAAAAGAGUAUGUGACCCUGCGCAGCGGCCAAACAGACAAUUACUCUGAGAUCUAUGGAUACAGACUUCAGAAGCCGUUUGAAUGUCCAUUUAAUGGCAGCAGAAGACAAGACUGUGACUGUAGGAAUGAUUAUUCAGCUGCUGGUUACACCGUCUUUCAGCGGGUACGACUGGAUCUUCUGACAAUGCGAAUCAUCACGACUGAUGUGAGGUUUAGUGAAACACUGUUUGGUCGCUCCGUCCCGUUCGCUUCAGCUGGAGAUUGUUAUAGUGCUGCUAAAUGUCCUCAGGGUCAGUUUAGUAUCAACCUCGCUGGCACCGGGUUAAAGGUUGCAGGUUCGACUAAAUGGGUUUCUCAGGGGAAUUAUGUGACACUUAAAGUUCAUCGUUCACAGGAUGGCAGCAGAAUCUACGGUCGAUGUGGAGGAUUUUGUGGUAAAUGUCUCCCUCAUCCACACACCGGCCUUCUUGUUCACAUUUAGUGAGAGAGACUUCAAAUAAAUCUGUUGAGCUCUUCCAGAGAUGUAAACGUCUCUCCAUCAUGGCAGCAGGUGUGAAACUGUGAACGAGGACAUUUGGAAAAUGAAUGUAGUUUAUUGGAAAGGAUUGUGGGUGAAAUGAUUGUAACGUGUUUAGGUUCAGCAGGGUAACAGCAUGAGGCAAAAGAUUUCAUCUUGUUCAGUCAGCAUCCUUUCUCGGCUGUUAUACAAUCACAUUUUUAUUUUUACCAAACAGAUAUAGCAACCAUUUUUUGAGCAAUCAUACAAAACUACUGCGGUAAUACCAUGGUACGAUUAUAAUAUCAGAUGGUACCUGAGGUAUUGGAUAAUUAGUCAAUUUAUACCAUCAUGGUAUUUACAGUGCAUUAUGCUGAUGGGUAGUUGGAGUACAGUACAAAGAGAUUACUGCGGUAUUAACAUGGUACAUUUAAAGUAUUGUAUUUGUUUAUUUAAAAACUAUUCAAGCACCAAAUGAGAUUAACAAAGUAAAACUACUGAAGACGUUUGUCGGAUUGACAUGAACUUCACUGUGUAUUAAACUUUGGUUGCUAAUAGAUUUUAGAUGAGA